GGAAAAAAGUCGGAAGAUACCGAACUAUAAUUUAUGCAAGAUUGGUGAACGCGUCGAGAAGAAAGGAAAAAGAGGAGUGGUGUGAAAAUGAUAUAACCCACAGUUAAGUACAGUUGAAUACUAUAAAUAUCAACAAAAAAAAGCAUAAUGUCUACAGAUGAGAAAUCUGCUAACCAGUUUAUUUCUGCCCUGGUGAAGAAUUUACAAGCUGUGUGUCAUGGCCAUGUUGAUUUUGAUAAAAAUGUGAAAGUUGUGGGCCAUCUGUAUUUAACUGUUGACAGUAACUCAGAAUUUAAUUACAUCGUUAAUGAAAAAGUGUCAAAAAGUGAUGAAUCUUCAACAACAUUUAUCAGUAAAAGUUUUUAUGCCACUGAUCCCCAACAAAAAACACCAAAGAAAAAUUUAGAUAGACCUCUUCCUCCUCCCACUCCAAAUGUGUUGGGAAAAACUCGAUAUGAUAUCAGUGUUGACUUAACAGAUGACCAUCCACCUGGUGCAAUGGGUGGAGGGCGUUAUCAAAUGGGACAGCAGCGUGGUCAAUUUUCCAGGCCUGGUGGCUUUCCUGUAAGGGCACCACAAAUGAGAAGAAGACCAUUUGAUCAAAGAAUGUCUCCCCAACAAAUUGCUAAAAUGCCUCGUUUAUCAUCCCCCCAGCGUCACCCAAUGAACUUGCCAUCAACAUCACCCCGUAGAAUGCCAAAUUUAUCUUCAAGAUUACCAGCUCCAUCGUCAUCAACUGUACCGUCCAUUUCUAGUGAAACAAAUUCAUCUCCCUCAUCUAUUCCACCUGAAUCGGUUUCCGCCACCCCAGCUCAAUCUCUUCCUGGUGCUGAUAAACCAGAAAAAGAAUCCGGUGAUAAGGAAAAAGUUGGAGAAAAAACAGCGGAAAAACCUGACAUUAAAUUUGAAGUGAUAAAAGUAGAAAAUGGCAGUGUUGUAGCUAGUAAUAAAGAUGCAACAAGCGAAGGAGAAGAAAAAGAACUUAGAAUAGAGUCUGUGACUAGUCAUGAUUUAUCAUUUGUGCCUGAAACUGAAAAAGACAAAGACAGUGAAAGUAAAAAUAGUGAAACUAGUGACUCUGAUAAACCUGCAUCAGAUCCUCCUCCAGAAACUCUUUCAACAGAAGCAACAGAAACAGCGGAACCAAGUACACCAAAUAAAAGUCCUCCAAAAUCAAACGAACCUGAAGUCAUAGAAAUAGAUUUAACUAAAGUAAAAGAUGAAAUUGAUAGUACAAUGGAAUCGGAUACAAGUUACAUGUAUGAUGAUCAAGGGGGUAACAGGUUCUCAUCAGGUCAAGGUGAUAAUAGUCUUUCUAGUUUUGGCGGUGAAUCAAACGACGAUGAAUUUUUUGCUAGUUUACGUGAACAAAGUUUAGGACUUUAUCCCGUUGGUUUACAUGCCAAUGAAUCGAACAAUCCUGGUCAAAAUUUACUUGGUUCUGACAUUCCUAACUUACCCGGUACUCAACAUGGUGCUGGCUACUUACCAGUUGCUGGUACCAGCACCUCAUCGCCAUCAAAUCAACCGGUUCACUUUGAUGAUAUGUCUGCUUUAACGUGUGAGUGGUGUGGAAAGGUUUUUAAAUGGAAAAGACAUCUGGCUCGGCAUAUUGACGCAACUCAUCUAAAUAUCAAAUUUCAGUGCCCCGUUUGUUUAAAGUUCUAUACAAGAACGGACAGUUUGCACGAUCACAUGAGGAGAAUGCACAAAAUAGAUAACCCUAAAGAAAUUCUACAGUUAGUUAAAUUUCAGAAUCUGCAAAAUUCAACCAUCCCACCAGAAUCAAACCCUGAACUGGAACCUGAAAACAAUUAGUUUUUGUACAGUGUUUUGUACUGAUUUUUUAGCUGAAGAGAAUUUAUUCUCACACAUUGUUUAUGUGUUUUAACAAGGAUUCAGUGUGUUAUUAUGAUUGUGAUUAGGAAAAACAGGGUAUUUGUUUGUGUGGCCAAUUGGUCUAAUGUGGUGCACUGCAGUUCAUAUAGAUCAGUCAUAGAAUGGUGAAUUCAAACUACAUUCUUGAAUGUGUUGGCCAGCAGUUGUGGACUCGUCCACAGCCAAAAUUAUAACAUUGAUUUCUGUGACAUUUUCUCACCUUAAGACUGACUAAAUUUUCUUAAUAAAACUCCAUAUCAGGGUAUGAAAUAAGCCUCUUAUAUGGCAACCUCAAAAUAGGUUACGCUAAUCUGCAUCAAAUUUGAACUGGUAACCUAUAGGUUACGAUGCCAUAUUUGUUUAGAGCCGACCCUCGAAUUAGCCUAGGGGGAUUUGGGGCCAAUUAAAAGAUUAGCCAGCUACCCCUAAGCUUAUUAAAUCAGCAGGGCCCAUAUCCCUAAGCGAAUUAGUGGAUUAUUGUUAAUCCUAAAACUCUCUACAAAAUUGCAAAUAACUAAAAAAAAAAAAAUUUUUAUACAAAAAUGUACAGAUUGUCGUGUUCUUUCCAAUGAUAUAAAAUUCAAUUGUACAAACUAACAAUUACCGGUAUAUUACUAUAAAUAAUAUUGAAAAGUCAGUUCCACUAAAAUUAUGACUUUUCUCUGUCAUAAUAAACGUGAACAUGUAUCUCCUAAGAUUUUAUUUUAAAAAAAAGAACAGUGUUCAAAGUAAAUAUAAAUAUAUAACUUUUAGAGAGACAUAUCGCCCCAAAUGACCGUCACUUCAUCGCUAUGUGACAUUUCUGCCUUUGUUGGAUAUAUGGUGGGAAUUGUCGUCUUCUUUGCUUUAUUGCAUCGAAAAUAAAAAUAUAUAGUUGAAAUCUUCGGCAAUGUAAUAUUCCUCUAUGUAGCUUGUAUUAAAUCCUAAAAGUUUUGAUUCAAUUUAGCUUUCCAAACUCUAGAAUUAUUAUCCGUAAGUUUUGUGGUAUCGUCUGUCUGGAAACGUAUCCAAGAUAUGGCGGUCGACACGCUUGAUCUCGGCUACUUCGCAUCAUUCAUAACGUCCCCCAAAAAUAACAAAUAGUUGAUUUCUUCGACAUUAUCAUGUUCUACGAUAUGCCUGGCAGUAAAUCAUAAAAAAAUCUGAUUCCAUUUCACUUUCCAUGUCAUAAAAUUAUUAGCCGUGAGUGACAAAGUGAAAAUAUUGGAAUAAUGCCAAAGUCAUUGACACGGUGUGAAUUUUCACCUCUGACCUAUUACGUAAAUACCGGAAGAUCCAUUGUUGAAAAGUAUGUUUUUUAUUUGAUAAUUUGCGAAUAUAACAUUCCUUUUCAUUGGGUGUUUUAUUUUUAUUACUCAAUCACCAUUAAUUUAAGAAAUAAAAACAAUAGAAAUCAGUUGAUUGAUCUGGCUCUUUCGUUCGCUAAAUAGGCUAAUGAGUAUGACGUUGCCAGGUAUGAUGGGUCUGCGAGUUGAUUUGCUACCGCCAAAAUGACAGGUGCGAACUUAACGAUCUUUCAGGCAUUUAUUUAUAAUUGUAAAAUGUUUUAAUGUAGUACUAGUAGUGGAGGGAAUAUUUUAACUGAAACCUUUAGUUUAUAAAUUAUAGCUCGGUGGUCGAGAACGGAAGUCCGUUCGCGUGUUUCCAGGUCAUGGUAACCGAUGCGUAACCUGAACGACCGUUCGCGUGUUAUUUCGUACCCUGCAUAUGGACAUGGGACACCAAACAGGUGUCAUAUGAGUGAUACCUGAUCAAACUUAGUAUAAAACAUAUCUUACCCUUUCCAACUUAAAGCAAAAAUAAGCCAGUAAUUAUGAUAUAAUUAAAGAUACAUUAUGGGAGAUAAGAUAAAGAGAUGGCAGUUCUCGCUAUAAUAGUUAAAAACUAGAUAGUGUAAAGGUAAUUUGCUGAAAAUUUCAGUCAAAUUGAUCCACUAUGAGCCGAGAAAGAAGCCGGUGAAAUUUUUACAUAGUCUCUGUUAUCAUUACUAAAAUCAUUAAUAUAAAUAGCAUAGUCUCGAUUAUCCACUUUUUCUGAUUUAAUUAUCUUUUGCCGUUAGCGGCAUAUAGGAAUCUAAUCCAGCCUACAUCGAAGGCUAGCCUUGACAUCGAGAGUUUAUUAUGGUCUGGAUAAGUUAAUUAAUGUCUAAUUGAUAAUUUAGAUAACAUUUCAGGCCUAAAGAAAGACUUGUAAUAAGCAGAUUUUGCUCUUGCUUAAUGCAUGUUUAAGAUUAAAUUUUACUUCUUUGAACACCUCAGUUGGGCAGGAUAAGGACUGAUUCAGUAACUUUCUAUUGAUUUAUCAUCUUAUACAAAACAUUAGUUGGGGGCCCUGAAAUAGUUAUUUCUAAAAAUAGCACUUCGUAGAAUUAACUAGCAGUUGACCCGGCAUAGCAUGGGUAUAACUGUGAAUCAGAAGUAGCAUAACUCUGAAACUGGAGAUACCCCUAAACACCAAAUAUCAACCUCAGGACAGCUCAAGUGCAGCUGCCAACCCUGAACAGAGAAACAAACAAAUGACAGUCACAAUUACAUAUUAGAAUAGAUAAAUGUCACUUUAAGGCACAGGUGCAACUAAAAUCACUAUUCCCUGGCCAGUUCAUGAUUUCACACCAAAGUUUCAGUUAAGACAUAAUCCCAUUUAGAACUAACUUCAACACUUUUCCACUCCUGGGUUAGACUAUUAAUAUCUAAUUCUCUAGUCACUUAAACAAAGCUAACAAUAUUCUAUGUGAAAAGCCAAUUUAGUGUGCUUGUUGCUAGGUUGAACUGCCCCAUAUGACAUAACAGUUUGGUCAUUCCAUUAGUCACAAGGGUUAACUUCUGCAUCGUACAUCGAACUAGCAGUUCCUUAAUUGUAUGGAUACAUUAUUCACCACCUAUAUUUAUAUGUAAGCUUUAGGUAUAUUUAGUUCACUUCAACAGGCAGGCGGGAAAACCACCAUAGCUUUAUAUUUCUAUUCAACAUAAAUUUGAAUUUUAAAAUAGCUAGUUUUCAAUAAAACUGUUCAGUCAACAGGCACCCACGAAUACAUUCACUUGAUUUGAUAUAUAUACAUGUAUAUAUGUUUGUUUGAAAUCUCUGUGUAUAUUGUGGCCUGUCUUGUCCAUGGGUUUAUAUAUUGUGUGAUUGUUUAUAUGUUUUGCUGUCCUCCGGAGUCCUAUACAUGUACUUACUAUUGUGCUACAAAGUAUUAUUUUUAAUUUUGAAAUAGCAAGUUUACAUUAAAUUUGGUCAGUUAAAUUGGUUGCAAGAUAUAAUUUUGAAGUUGAAAAUAGCAAGUUUACAAUAAAUCUGGUCAGUCAGUCAACCAGUCAGUUACUUUGGUUAGAAGAUAUUUUAGUGCACAGCAUUAAUUUGUUUUAAGAAUUCUGUGUAUUUUUUGGUAAAUAUACGUGAAAUACUUUACUUCAUUUUGUGUGUGUAUCCUUAAAGGACAAUGUUAGUACUGUGCUGUUAAACGACAAUGGUGGUAUCUUUAAUGAAUUUGAUUUCAAGAAAUGUUAGUUUGUCUUUUUGUUGGAAGCUGAAAGAAAAUUAAAUGACUUAUUAGUUGUAGUUGCUUGAAGGGCAGUGUUAUUUAGUUCUCUUAAAUGGCAGUAUUAGUAUCCUUAGAGAUUUUGAUCUCAAGAGAUAUUUGUUUGCUUUCUCAGAUUUAAAUUACUUAUUCGCAGUAGUAGGACAACAAUCUUGGUACAUGUAUCCUUUUAUUUUAUGAUCAGUAGUGGAAUACCGCGUUUUAUCAGUGAAAUAAAAGUGUUAUUCCACUGGCUAGCAGUAGUCCAUGUUGUUUUUACCUAAAAUGAUUGUAAAAUCAUAAAAUAAAUAGAACAUUUGUCGUUUUAGAGUGAAUAACAUAUUUUAUUUCAUUGAGAAGCAAGAAAACGUUCAUAUUUUCACUCAUGCUACGCAUUCGUGAAAAUAUAAGUUUUCUUGCUUCUCGAUGAAAUAAAAUAUGUUAUUCACUCUAAAACGACAAAUAUCCUCUAUAUAUUGGUUACCAAGAAAUGUUUGUUUGCUUUCUGUUAAAAGCUGAAUGAAAUAUAAAUGACUUACUAGCAGUAGCUACUUAAAGGACAAUUUGGUGUCCAUGAAGAUUUUUAAAGAAUUAGUUGUUUCCUUUCUAUAGGAAGCUGAGUGAAAUUUAAAUGACUUAUAAACAGUAGUUACAGAACUUAAAGGACAAUUUUGGUGCCCACCAAGUUUACGUAUGUGAUAGAAUUAGUUCAACAAAUUCCAAAUAUAAUUUUAACAGAAAUCUUUGCUACAAUUGGUUAAUUACAUGUAAGGGUAUUGCAUUUGUAAUACAAAUUUGUUAAGUUGAAAUGGGACAGUAGGCAGACUAAGUUUUAUUGGAAAGGAACGCCAUAAAAGAAAUAUUUAGGGCUUCCUUGUAAAUAUUUUUAAAUUGAUUUUAUGUACCAGAUAUUGUGUAUACCUUAUUGUAUAAGACAUUUUAAAAAAAAUAAUAAUUUUUAUAUUGUAUGCUAUAUGAUUUCAUUAUUGAAUAAAGUUAUUUUAGAGUUG